AUGUCUUCCGCAUCCCAGAAAUCCAACCAAAGACCAAAGAGCACCGUCAUCGACUUGAUUGCCGGCGGUACCGCCGGUUUGUUCGAGGCCCUAUGUUGCCAUCCUUUGGACACCAUCAAGGUCAGAAUGCAGCUCUACAAGAAGGCUACCACCGCCGGGGUUAAAGCUCCCGGAUUGUUUGCCACCGGUUACAACAUUUUUGCCCAAGAAGGCUUCUUUGCUCUCUACAAGGGGUUGAGUGCCGUCUGUAUCGGUAUCGUUCCUAAGAUGGCCAUCAGAUUCUCCUCCUACGGUUUCUACAGAUCUCUGUUCACCGACGAAAAGGGUAACAUCUCCGGCCCAUUCACCUUCUUGUCCGGUGUCAUGGCCGGUGUGACCGAGGCGUGUAUUGUCGUCAACCCUAUGGAGGUCGUCAAGAUCAGAAUGCAAGCACAGCACAACUCCUUGAGAGAUCCCUUGGCCAAGCCAAAGUACACUAACGCUCCUCAAGCCGCCGUUUUGAUUGUCAAGGAAGAAGGUUUGAAGACUUUAUGGAGAGGUGUUGCUUUGACUGCUGGUAGACAAGCAAUCAACCAAGGUGCCAACUUCACAACAUACUCCUUCUUGAAGUCCCGUUUGCAAGACUCCCAAAACACCGAAGUUUUGCCAACUUAUCAAACCGCCGUCAUUGGUUUCAUCUCUGGUGCAAUCGGUCCAUUCUGCAACAAUCCUUUAGAUACCAUCAAGACCAGAAUGCAAAAGGAAACUGGUAUUUCCAACGAAUCCAACUUGAGCAGAGGUUUGAGAAUCGGUAAAAACUUGAUCAAGGAGUCCGGUGUCACCGCCUUCUACAAGGGUAUCAUCCCUAGAGUUAUCAGAGUCGCCUCUGGUCAAUGUGUGGUCUUCCCGGUCUACGAAUUCUUCAAAGGUUUCCUCUACGAAGUCGCAGGUUACGAUAAGCCAGAAAAGAAAUUAAAAUAG